GGAGAGAGCGGAUAUAGUGAAUGCGGGGUCCGGGGAGAGCGGAUAUAGUGAAUGCAGGGUCCGGGGAGAGCGGAUAUAGUGAAAUGCGGGGUCCGGGGAGAGCGGAUAUAGUGAAUGCGGGGUCCGGGGAGAGCGGAUAUAGUGAAUGCAGGGUCCGGGGAGACCGGAUAUAGUGAAUGCGGGGUCCGGGAGAGCGGAUAUAGUGAAUGCGGGGUCCGGGGAGAGCGGAUAUAGUGAAUGCGGGGUCCGGGGAGAGCAGAUAUAGUGAAUGCGGGGUCCGGG